GAUGAAUGCAGUCAGCAUGCGCGUUCCCACAAAUUGUUUCUCUUUCUGCUACGAUUCCAACCAUGCCCGUGCCACAUAGUAUAAUCCAACAGAUCAAGCAGAUCAUUCCUCCUCUGAACGGCACUUUGCAUAAAGGACAAUCAGGCAGAGUCGGCGUGCUCGGAGGAGCUUUGGAUUACACCGGUGCACCAUUCUUCGCAGCAAUAUCUGCAUUACGACUGGGAGCAGAUCUUUCGCAUGUCAUCUGCUCGCCCACAGCUUCUCAAGCCAUCAAGUCCUACUCCCCAGACCUAAUCGUACAUCCCAUUCUCCGUGAAGAUGCAUCAUUUGAGAAAGUGAAGGGUGAACUCGAGUCUCUGCUUUCUCGAUUGCAUGUCCUCGUCAUGGGACCGGGACUAGGCCGCGAGGAAUACAUGCAGUCUUAUGCUCGUCUGGCGCUGUCUAUCGCUCGCGAACGGGCUAUGUUUGUCGUCCUCGAUGCUGAUGCUCUGUUCAUGGUCGGGAAGGAACUUUCCCUCGUCAAGGGAUACCGCCGUGCGGUGCUGACUCCUAAUGUGGUCGAGUUCAAACGUCUGAGUGAGUCGGCGGGCGUUUCACCGGAUGUACCGACAAAGGAACGUGCUGGCGAGGUUUCUAGACUACUUGGAGGUAUCGUGGUGCUGGAGAAAGGUCCGGUUGAUUUGAUCGCGAGCGAUACUACGGGUGAAGCUGCUAGUCUUAAGGUGAGUAAACUGGAUGAGGGAGAUGAGGAGCGGCAACGCGUGAGGGAGGUGGUUGAGGUGGACGUGGAAGGCGGGUUGAAGCGGUGUGGCGGGCAGGGCGAUGUUCUUAGCGGAACGGUUGGAGCGAUGCUUGCGUGGGGGAAAUGCUACGAGGACGGUGCCUUUGGCGAUGGGAGUAUUCCUGCUUCUCGUCUCCCACUUCUGGCAGCGGUAGGUGGAAGUAUGGUCACCCGAACCAGUAGUCGAAUGGCGUUUCGGCUGCAGGGAAGAGGUCUUGUCACGCAAGAUAUGCUCCCGCAUCUUGGCAAAUCUUUCUCAGAGGUCUUUGGAGAAGACCUGUGGGCUGGAAAUACAGGCAGGGUCUAGGUUUAAGGCAAGGGAGAAUAGAAGAUCUUCAUCUGCAUGUGCAAUAGAAGAAUUUCUACUCUGGUUUGGGAAGAGGAACAGCUGUGACGUGAUUAUAUGUUUUCCCAAGAUCGGACCGGACCUGGGCCUGCAGGGGCAGCCUCGGAGGGAGGGAAGAGUCCAACUCCGAGGCACGAAAAGACAUGACUAAGUAACUCAUCACGAAGAAUAACAGACGAUUAUAGAAAAACGGGAGGCAUUUAACGCAGACCUCUAGAGUCUAGAUUCUAGAAACAACAAUUGAACCUCAAUAAAAAGUUUUUCGGUACAUCUAUCGUCGUGGUCCACGUUCCGCUGAUAUUAGAUUCCCC